AUGCCCUCGUUGCCCUCGUUGCUGCCGGUCUGGCCAACGCUCAGCUCCCCUGACGUCCCUACCUGCUCGCUGAACUGCUUUGUCUCGGCCCUGACCAGCGACGGCUGCUCGUCCCUCACCGACUUUGCCUGCCAUUGCCAGAAGACCUCACUGGUCAGCAGUGUGACCCCUUGCGUCCAGAAGGCCUGCGACGUCGCCGACCAAGUCUCCGUCUCCAACGUCGUGGUCUCCCAGUGCUCCGCCGCCGGCCACCCUAUUUCGGUUCCUCCCAUUGAAACCACCAGCUCCGGUGGCUCUGCCACUGAGACUGGUAGCGGUAGUGCUACUGACUCCGGCUCUGCCACUGCCACCGAGACUGGCAACGGUAGUGCUACCGCCACUGACUCUGGCUCGGCCACCGCGACUGGAUCUGGUUCUGCUACUGGCUCUGGCUCCGCUACUGCCACCGGCUCAACCCCCGCUGGCUCGACCCCCGCUGGCUCGACCCCGGCUGGUACCUCCACCCCGCUGCCCUCCAAGACUAGCAGCGGUGGCUCUGCUGCCACUACCUCUCCCGCUUACAACGCCGCUGCUGGCAUGAAGGGCAACAUGGCCGGCGUUGCUGCCGUUGCCGCUGCCGCUGCCUACAUCCUGUAA